GUGGCCUCGCUGAAGCCCGACAGACAAGAGAAGCAUCAACCUAUCAUGCCUGAUUCGAAGAACCUCAUCCCGCGCAUGCAGGCUAAGGGACCGUUCUCGGUCCCGGUGCCUGGCGCAACGGCCGCACCGGGCGAGACGGUUCCUCGCCGCCACCCCGAUGCCGCCACCGAACUCUUCACUAGGCCCUCUCCCGACGUUUCCACGACCUGGGAGCUGGUCAAGUACAGCGUCGAGAAGUUUGGCAACGCCAAGUGCGUCGGCUCCCGCCGGCUCGUCCGCACCCACCAGGAGACCAAGAAGAUCAAGAAGAUGGUCGAUGGUCAGGAGCGCGAGGUAGACAAGCAGUGGACCUACUUUGAACUCUCCGGUUACGAGUACCUCACAUACAACGAAUACUACCGCCUGGUCGUCCAGCUGGGUGCCGGUCUGCGCAAAGUCGGACUCGUCGCUGGAGAUCGUGUUCACAUUUACGCCGCCACCAGCCAGAACUGGCUCGCCAUGUCACACGCGGCCGGCUCGCAGUCCAUGGCCAUUGUGACCGCUUAUGACACGCUUGGUGAGGAGGGACUCCGACAUUCCAUGGUGGCCACCAAGGCCAAGGCCAUCUUCCUUGACCCCCACCUGUUGCCCACCCUCGGCAAUGUGCUCAAGGAUGCGACCGACAUUACCCACGUCAUCUGGAACACCCAGAACAAGGUCAAGCAAGAGCACAUUGACAAGCUGAAUGAGACCUACCCCAACGUUACCGUCUUGAGCUUUGACGACCUGAAGAAGCUUGGCGAGGAAAACCCGGUCGAUGCCGUCCCGCCCAAGACCGAUGAUCUUUGCUGUAUCAUGUACACAUCUGGAUCCACCGGAACCCCCAAGGGUGUGCCACUGAAGCACAGCAACGUUGUUGCUGCUGAAUUUGUUCCGCCCGAUGUAGUUGCUGGAGUUAGCGUUGUCGUUCAGCCCUAUAUUGGCCCUGGCGAUGGCCUCCUCACCUACCUGCCCGCUGCCCACAUUCUCGAGUUUGUUUUUGAAAACUCUGCAAUGUUCUGGGGUGCUACGAUGGGUUACGGUAACCCCAAGACUCUUUCGGACGCUUCGGUGCGCAACUGCAACGGAGACAUAAAGGAGUUUAAGCCCACAGUGCUUGUCGGUGUUCCGGCCGUGUGGGAGAACGUUAAGAAGGGAAUCAUCGGCAAGGUCAACGCCGGCAGCCCGGUUGUGCGCAACCUCUUUUGGGGUGCCAUGUCCAUGAAGAACAAUCUCAUGGGCAUGAACCUGCCCGGCUCCGGCAUCCUUGAUGCCGUUGUUUUCAAGAAGAUCAAGGAGGCCACUGGCGGCAGGCUCAAGAUCUGCUUGAACGGUGGUGGCCCCGUGGCCAAGGAGACGCAGCGUUUCCUUUCCAUGGCUAUCUGCCCUAUGAUCAUCGGCUACGGCCUUACCGAGACGACUGCCAUGGGCACGCUGCAGAACCCCAUGGAGUGGUCAACCGACACGAUCGGCGCGAUGCCGGCAUCCGUCGAGGCCAAGCUGGUCGACUUUGCGGAUGCAGGAUACCACGUCACAAACAAGCCUAACCCCCAGGGCGAGGUUUGGCUGCGUGGUCCCACGGUAAUGUCUGGAUACUACCAGAACGAGAAGGAGACGGCCGAGGCCAUGACUGCCGACGGUUGGUUCAAGACGGGCGACAUUGGCGAGUUCGACAGCAAGGGACACUUAAAGCUCAUUGACCGUAAGAAGAACCUGAUUAAGACGCUCAACGGCGAGUACAUUGCACUGGAGAAGCUCGAGUCGAUUUACCGAUCGGCACCCGUCGUCGCCAACAUCUGCUGCUAUGCAGACGACUCACAGGCCAAGCCUGUUGCCCUGAUCGUGCCCGCCGAGCCUGCCCUCAAGAAGCUGGCAGCCUCUGUUGGUGCGAAGGGUGAGACCCUCGAGGAACUCAUCCACGACAGCAAGGUCAACGCGGCUGUGCUGAAGGAGAUGCAGAAUGUUGGUCGCCAGGGCGGUCUGGCCGGUAUCGAGAUCAUCGAUGGCGUCGUUUUGUCAGACGAGGAAUGGACACCGCAGAAUGGACUUGUCACAGCUGCGCAAAAGCUUAACCGCAAGGGUAUUAUCCAAAAGUACAAGAAGGAGGUCGACCAGGCUUAUGGCAUAAAGAAAUAA